AUGGAGGCCGAGUCUCCGGCGAGCCGCGGGGCUCCCGAGCCCCGGGCGCUGGGCGCGGCGGGCAGCCUGCUGCGCAGGAUCCACGGCAAACUGUUCACCUGGAAUAUUCUGAAGACCAUAGCUCUGGGCCAGAUGCUGUCCUUGUGUAUAUGUGGGACAGCCAUCACCAGCCAGUACUUGGCAGAGAAGUGCAAGGUGAACACCCCCAUGCUUCAGAGCUUCAUCAACUAUUGCCUGCUGUUCCUGGUUUACACGGGGAUGCUGGCUUUCCGCUCAGGCAGUGAUAAUCUAUUAGAGAUUUUGAGACAAAAAUGGUGGAAGUACAUCCUGCUGGGCUUAGCAGACGUGGAGGCUAACUACCUGAUUGUCAGAGCAUACCAGUACACAACUCUAACCAGCGUCCAGCUGUUGGAUUGCUUUGGGAUUCCUGUGCUGAUGGCUCUCUCUUGGUUUAUUCUUCGUGCAAGAUACAGAGUGAUCCACUUCAUCGCUGUGUUUGUCUGUCUGCUGGGCGUAGGAACCAUGGUUGGUGCAGACAUUUUAGCAGGGAGAGACGACAACUCAGGGAGUGAUGUACUGAUUGGUGACAUCCUGGUCCUGCUUGGGGCUUCCCUGUAUGCUGUGUCUAAUGUGUGUGAAGAGUACAUUGUGAAGAAGCUGAGCAGACAGGAAUUUCUAGGAAUGGUGGGCUUAUUUGGAACAAUUAUCAGCGGCAUACAACUACUGAUUGUGGAAUAUAAAGACAUUGCCAAAAUUCAAUGGGACUGGAAAGUUGCCCUGCUGUUUGUGGCAUUUGCCCUCUGUAUGUUUUGCCUGUAUAGCUUCAUGCCAUUGGUGAUUAAAGUCACUAGUGCCACUUCUGUCAACCUGGGCAUCCUGACAGCCGACCUCUACAGCCUUUUCUUUGGACUUUUUCUGUUUAAGUAUAAGUUUUCAGGAUUGUACAUCCUGUCGUUUACUGUCAUCAUGGUGGGCUUCAUCCUAUACUGCUCCACCCCGACACGGACAGCAGAGCCAGCUGAAAGCAGUGUGCCUGCUGUUACCAGCAUUGGGAUUGACAACCUGGGACUGAAGCUUGAGGAGACCGGACUUCCGGAGACCCUCUCUGCAGCCUUGUAGCUGGAGAAGACAGCCCACGGGGCGCUGAGCAAGCGGAGCCUGUCUACUGCCCACAGGGUGCCUGGGGGAACCAUCAGGCUGAGUGAACACUACUGCAUUGGACUGCGUCCAGUGGAAUCAACCCAUGGAACCCAAGUAGAAAUACCAAAACAGAGCAGAACCCAAGGCUAGGGUAGUGUUUCUUGUGUGUUGAGGACCAGUACAUACUCGUGCUGGUGAGACAAGGUGCAGCUGGGGGUCUCAAAGGCACAUGUGGGAAGGCAGGGCUGUCCCCAUAGUCCGGGGUAGGGCUAGUUCAGGAGGUGUUUGUGCAAUGGCAUUCCUCUCUUGGAAGCUUUGUUUUCUCCUGCUGGGACAGGCCUUCUGGCCUUUAGUAAUAGAUGAAGCCUAGUUCUUGAUUGCAUGUGGUGGAGGAAAUGGAACAGCAACACUUGGGAAGGUCUGACAUAGAAGUGUGAAUAAUGUGAAAUGAUUACUGGAGUGCAAUAAUCCAGGAACCCUCUCCCGAUUGAGUUCUGUGUUGAAAUAUUUAUCUUGAUCACUCCCUGCUCCCCAGCAGCAGCCACAUCUGCUCCUUCCUCCCAAGUUCCAGAGCAGACUGCUCUCAGUGCUGGUGACAGUGGGCACUGCGUUUUCAGUCUCACACUGUACUUUCUAAGAUUUCUCUGAGGAAGGACAUGGAUAAUAUCCCUAAACAUAAAUUCUCAUGACUCCUAAGACUAUCCCUAGUUUCUAUCACUAGUUCAAAAUGAAAACACAAAUUUAAUAAUCACCCAGAGAAGACCAUGCCAUGAGCUCUGGAAGCCAUCAGUUGUUAGGAGGAUACCAUCCUGUUUCUUACAGACAGCUGUAAUGCUCUGAGGUGUUUACAGAGCUGCUUCAGUGCAGUGGUAAUGUGUGCAUUCAGUGUAACAGCCAUGUUCAGAGAAGUCCAUGGAAAUUUUUUUGUAAAAACAGAGUAAAAAACUGGGAGUAAAUGUUCGUAUUAUUAAAAGAUUUAAAAUUCA